AACUCCAAUUUUCAUGUUUUAGGUGGUGAAGUUGGAGAACAGGACUCAGACUGUCUCAGGAUUGUGCUGAUUGGGAAGACCGGCUGUGGAAAGAGCUCUACAGGAAACACCAUUUUAGGAAGAGACGAGUUUAAAGCUGCAUCAAGUCAAAUGUCUGUCACAGCAUGUUGUAAGAAGGCAGAGGGUGAGGUGGACGGUCGUCCUGUUGUUGUGGUCGACACUCCUGGUCUGUUUGACACAGCUCUGACCAAUGAAGAAGUUCAUGGGGAGCUGGUGAAAUGUGUCAGUCUCCUGGCUCCAGGACCACAUGUCUUCUUGGUGGUGAUACAGGUUGGCAGGUUCACAGAAGAGCAGAAGCAAACGAUGAGGCUUAUUAAAAAAUUCUUUGGGAAGGAUUCUGAAAAGUUCACCAUCGUUCUUUUAACCAGAGGAGACGAUCUGGAGCGCCAGAGAGAGUCUAUUGAUGAUUACAUCAAGAGCAAAUGUCACGGUUCUUUUCAGACGAUGAUCUCUAACUGUGGAGGAAGAUACCAUGUGUUCAAUAACUCUGACAACCAAAACCGCACACAAGUCAGUGAGCUGAUAAAAAAGAUUGACACCAUGAUGAAGGACAAUGGAGGAAGCUUCUACACCAAUGAGAUGCUGCAAGAGGCUGAUGCAGCAAUAAAGAAGGAAAUGCUGAGGAUCCUGAAGGAGAAGGAAGAAGAGAUGCAGAUGGAAAAGGAAGAGAUUGAAAGAAAACAUGAGCAAGAAAUGAAAGCAAUGAAAAGAAGAUUGGCAGAAGAGAGAGAAAAAUCAGAAAAUGAGAGAAAACAGAAAGCUGAAGAACUCGAGGAAAUGAUGGAUAAAAUUAAGGAAGAACAAGAGAAGAAAAAAAAAGAAGAAGAAAUGAGAGAAAAGAAGGAAAAGGAAAAGGACACUGGAGAAGAAAGAUAUCGACAACAAUUCAAAGAAGAACUUGAAAAGUUGGACAGACAAAUUCAUUUGGAAAAAGAGGCAAAGGAAAGUGUCGACAGACAGCUGGAAGAGACCAGAGAAGAGAUGCAACGAAAACAAGAAGCCUGGGAGAAAGAACGAAGAGAAGAGCGAGAGAAACAAAGACAAGAAGAUGAAAAGAGACGACAGGAGGAGGAAGAAAGAAUCGACAAACUGCUGGAAAGUUACAAACAAGAAAAAAUAAAAUACGAAAACAACAAAUUACAAGAGGAACAAAUAAGAAGAGAAAUGGAAAUAACAGAGAACAAUCAUCAGAAAACACUGGAGGACCUAAAGAAGAGCUAUGAAAGAAAAGCCAGACAGAAAGCAGAAGAGUUCAACGAAUCCCAAAAGAAACACAUGGAUGAAUUAAAUGCUCAGCGGGAAGAACACGUGAAGGAAAUGAACGACUUAGUGAAACGUGUGACCAAGAAGAGCGAAAACCUGAGAAAGAUCAAAUAUCUAGUGGAAAAACAUGAAAAACGAAUGAGGAACGCAAAAACUGAGGAGGACAAGGAAGAACUACAGGAAGAACAUGAACAACAAUUAAGUGAAUUGAUGCAAAAAAUCUUAAGUGAUGAGGUCAGUGAAGCAUCAGGCUGCAGCAUUUUGUGACGAGAAAUGAAUGAUUUCAGUUGUUUUUCUUUCAUUUGUACUGGAAAAAACGUUAAAGAGGCACCGAUGUGUUGUUCUGCACGUUUUAAAUGUUUGGGAUUUCCUCGCAACAGCAAAUAAUUCUGAUGUGUCUAAUCUGCCUUAAACACAGUGUCGGACUCCAGUCUCACCAUUAAACCACAAGUCACUAUCCCAACAUUACCAAAGCUUCUGACUGGUUAAACUAACUCCAAAGACUGAAUAGGUAUUAGUUGCUAAAAGACCCACGUGGAACCAGCAUGUUCCACUCUGUCUCAGCUCAUUAAUCUGCCACCUGGCAGAGUUGAAGCUGUGGUC